AUGGCGACAGCGCUUGAUCAGCCUCUCUUCGACCCCCUUGCUGGGGGCCGUCCCCACGAUGCCGCUUCCAUGACACCUCCGCACAGCGCAAACGGCAAGAAAGAGGUCCCCGAGGGUGUCCCAUCGGAGCUCUCAGAUCUCGAGCUGGACCCGAGUGCUGUUGCAGUCAAGAUCGAAGAGUCGAUUGAAGGCGAAGAAGAGGAAGAAGAAGAAGAAGCGAUUGAACCUGACCACUACUAUGGAGGCGGCAAGGUCCCCGUUUUUAAGCCGACAAUGGCGCAAUUUCGAGAUUUCCAGUCGUUCAUCAAUAAAGUCGAAGACUAUGGCAUGCGGUCGGGUAUCAUCAAGGUCAUCCCUCCCAAGGAAUGGCUCGAUGCUCAGCCACCCCUCGACGAAGCCGUGAAGAAGAUUCGGGUCAAGAACCCAAUCAUGCAGGAGUUCCAUGGCUCCCAUGGCACCUAUACCCAAGCGAACAUUGAGCGACAACGGACCUACAAUCUACCCCAGUGGAAAGGAUUAUGCGAGGAAAGCAGUCAUCAGCCGCCCGCUCGAAGAGGCGAACGACGUCGGAACCAAGAGCGAGUCACACGCACCCCUGCCGCUCCCAAGCCUCAGACCACUCGCUCUAGCUCUCAGAAACGGGGACCUGGUCGACCCCCGAAAAAAUCCAAUCAAGCCAAGGUGAAGGAAGAGCCGCAGAUCAAGGUGAAGGAAGAACCACUUGCGGAUGACGUCCUUGAGAAGACGAAACCGGAAGGCCCACCAACACCCGUCUCGCCAGAGUCGAACCCGGUCGAAUCGAAGUCAGAAGAACUGAGCGACGGCGAGUCCCUGCCUGCACCGAAGCCCAAAGGCAGACAGCCCAAGUCCGUGACCGCGCGAAGGAAACACAACAAGGGAGAUGCUAUCGAUUUGGUCGACGAAGAAGCCUUCAAAAAUUUCGACUAUCGCAUCCACGAUCAUGCCGAGUACACGCAGGAGCGCUGUGAGGAGCUCGAGACCGCGUACUGGAAGUCUCUCAUGUUCAACAAUCCCCUAUAUGGAGCUGAUAUGCCCGGUUCUCUCUUCGACGAGAACACCACAUCGUGGAACGUGGCGAAGUUGCCGAAUCUGCUUGAUGUCAUUGGGCAGAAAGUCCCCGGUGUCAACACGGCCUAUCUAUACCUCGGUAUGUGGAAAGCCACUUUUGCCUGGCAUUUGGAAGAUGUGGAUCUUUACAGCAUCAAUUACAUCCAUUUUGGUGCUCCAAAACAAUGGUAUAGUAUCUCGCAGGAGGAUGCGCCUCGCUUCGAACAGGUCAUGAAGAGUAUCUGGCCCACCGAUGCGAAGGCAUGUGAUCAAUUCCUGCGCCAUAAGACCUACCUUGUCUCCCCGAGUCUCCUGAAAUCCCAAUAUGGUAUCACUGUGAACCGCCUGGUUCAUUACGAGGGCGAAUUCGUCAUCACCUACCCCUACGGCUACCACUCCGGGUUCAAUCUUGGCUAUAACUGUGCCGAGUCGGUCAACUUCGCAACGGAAAAGUGGCUCGACUACGGUCGCGUCGCCAAGAAGUGCAACUGCGAAUCAGAUAGCGUCUGGAUUGACGUCGAUGAGAUCGAACGGAAGCUACGGGGUGAAGCAACUCCGGAAUUCUACGACGAAUUCAGUGAUAUGGAAGGGGUGGAGGGGGCCUCUGAUUUGUUGACCCCUCCCCGCAGUGUCCCUGAGAAGACAUCGGGCCGUGGUCGGAAACGCAAGCAUCCUGGUGAUACGACGAGAGCGAAGCGUAUGCGAGUGAACGCCGAUAUGCCACGAAAGGCGCCCUGCGUCCUUUGCCCGAACGAUCUCGAUUAUGAAGAUCUGCUCCCGACCGAAGAUGGGAAAUCUCACGCCCACCGACGCUGUGCCAUGUACACGGAAGAGACCACCAUCCUGCGCGAUGAAUCCGGAAAUGAAAAGGUGUGCGAUAUUGAGCUCAUCCCCAAGGCCCGCAUGGGACUCAAGUGUCUCUUCUGUCGCGAAGUCCGCGGAGCCUGUUUCCAGUGUAACUUUGGCAAGUGUACACGAUCAUACCAUGCCACUUGCGCUCUGUUGGCUGGUGUCCAAGUCGAACACGGCUCCAUCGCUGUGAUCGCUGAUGAUGGACAGCAAUACUCGAUCCCCAGUAUUGACCUCAAAUGCAAAUACCAUCGUCAGAAGCGGCCCCCAUGGAUGGCAAACGACACCGCCGAGUACGAGCGGAAGCUCAACGGGACGGCUCAGCGACUGGUUGCGGGAGAUCUCGUGCAAUUCCAGGUCGACAAGGAGAUCAAUGGCGCCGUGGUACUACAGAACCGACCAGAGGAACGUACACUGCUGGUGAAAAUACUUCCACGAGGGGAUAUCAUCGAGCUCCCCUACAAAUGGCUGCUUAUCGUCCGCAAGAGUAAUUUCUCGCCUCUGGCGCCAGGCACGAAGCCAUUGCCGCCUCAUUUAGCUCGCAAGCCCGAUGCUCGGAAGGAAUUGGAAUCGGCGGUCCCGGUGGCAGGAAAUCCGUUUGGCGACGGGCGAUCGCCGUAUCAGUGGGCUGAGUUCGAGACGGUGGACGCAACUAACCACGUCUCUGCCCCACCACGGAUGCAUGUCGACCUCAAUAAGGGCGAGCAGAUGUGGUAUUAUUUGGGGCAUUCGUCGACCGAAUGUAGGGCUCAAUAUACACACAACCCUAGCGUCUCCGUCCACAACCCGCGGUCGAAUUUCCUGGACAGCGUCAAGUCUCUUGGCGCCGUGGUGGCCCGUCUCCCCUCGUACCCCCACCAUUUCGCUCACUAUGCUACUAAUGCUGCGUCUGCGUCUGCGUUUGCGUCUGCUGCUGCUGCUCCGUCUACUCCGACUACGAUUGCCCCUCCUCCUCACCACCACCACCUCACACCUGCUGCUGCUGCCGCUGCCGCUGCCGCUACCGCUGCUGCUGCCUCCCGCCCUUCCCUCCUGCAGCGUCCUCCUCUUGCCCCUCCUCCUCGUCCUCCUCGAACCUUCCCCUCCUCUGCUGUUGCUUCUGCUGCUGCUGCUUCUGCGAUGCCGUCGGCCUAUCGAUCCUUGCCAACUCAGUCUGCCCGUCAUGCUCCGUACCCGCAAGUUCUCAAAUCGCAUCAACAUCACCAUCACCCACAAUCACAACCACCACCGCAACAUCCCUUUUAUCAUGCUCAGCAAUCACCGCAACAGCAACCACUUCCACCCCAGCAGCAGCAGCAGCAGCAGAACAGCACCAACAAUAACACCAUCAACCAUCUCCCCACCAAUACCUUCGCCAAUGUCCGUGAACUCAUUGCUCGCCGUCGCCUCGCGCAGAUUACCGACCACGCCAACGUUUUCGCCGGCUAUACCAUUGUCAGUCCGGAGUUGGUAGUGGAGACGCUGCUGGGCCCUAUGGGUUCGGUCCCACCCCCCAAUGGCCUCGAGAAACUCGAGCUUGCCAUGGCCCAGCAGCGUGUACAACCCCGGGCUCCCGAUGGGACCCUGCUGCCGCUGCAGCCACUGAACAUGCGGUCGGAGGAAGUGACGAGGCUGUUGCAGAUGCUCCGGUUCUCGCUUGUCAGCCAUCGGGAGCGAUUGGACGUGCUCCAGAAGAGGGAGUCGGAGAACAGCAAGCCGGAGACCAUUGCCAGGGGCAGUGCUGCGUCCGCCAAACUGGCAGGCAAAUAUGCUUAUCUCGAUCAGCAACGUGCCCAGGCCCCGGCCGUCUACCAGUCUCCCUACGACAUGCCGUCCGGGUUCACCGAAUACGCCAAGAAGACCUAUGAUCUCGGCCCCUGCGAACCGGAGCUGCCGAAGCCAUCCCUGGCGAACGACUACUUUGCCAGCUUGUCGCCAGAAGACCAGGAGAAGAUCCUCAAGACGUGCGGCAGCUUCGUGCAGCGAGCCAUCGAACGCUCGGCCCCGCACAGUCGACAAAGCUCGUCGUCCAAUCUUCGACUUGCAUCGGCUCUGGCUCAACAGACGGCGAACCCCACCAUUGAUAUCACGACGGUGGAGGACAUGCCGCUGUCCGGUCUCGACUUACCCCUCCAUGCCGACUCGCCGUGCUCGAGUUUUAGUCGGUCGCAUCUGAGGUUUCAGUCCCCCAACGACUUCACGAGUCAUGGGGCGGAAGUCCAUCACGACCACCAUGACCUCUUUGGUGACCAACAGGCCAACACGCGAUUCUGGCAGCAUGGGCCCUGGGCCGCCGGGGACGGAAACACUCCAAACGAGGAGAAUCGACCGUUCUUUGGCCCUCACGAACGACUCAAGCACGACUAUGCGUCGUCCGACAUCUCUUUGGGUCGAGGCCCAGGGUCUCUGCAUUCGGUCGACAUGGCCGGAUUUGGCUUAGAUGGCACCGACGACCUCUGUGCCGAGCUGAGUCCGUGA